AUGAGAGUUGCAAAUGAUGGUCCAGAAACAUCAGAAGCAAGUCUUUCGGAAGGAGAAGGAACCGGUGAAAAAGAGAUACCAUCAUGUGAAAAUAUAAAUUCGUUAAAAAAUGGACGAAUACGACGAAACAGGACAAGUUUCAGUAGCAAACAACUUGAAGUGCUUGAAGCGGCAUUCAAUCUGAAUACUUAUCCGGAUCAAGACGAACGAGAGCGAAUCGCUCUUGAAACAAAUCUCAGUGAAGACAAAAUUAUGGCAAUUACCAUGGAUUUUACUACAUGGUUUAGUAAUCGACGAGCACGCUGUCGAAAAAAUUUUGCGUUUACCGGUACCAACUCUCUCUUAGUGCAAAACAUUACUCCAAUGGCAAUUUUGCCUCAUUCACCAGUACAGCAGCCUCAAGUAAUGCCGAUAUUUUCUUCACAUAUGAAUCUGCUUUCGUAUUCUGCCACUUCGGCAUCACCUGUUAAAUUUCAAGAUCCAUCUACUUCUAUUCUUUUUUAUCCUCAAUAUGCUACUUUAUGA